AUGAUUCGAUUUAUCCUAAUUCAAAAUAGAGCUGGAAAAACAAGGCUGGCGAAAUGGUAUAUGCACUUUGAUGAUGACGAAAAGCAGAAAUUAAUUGAAGAAGUCCAUGCAUGCGUUACUGUCAGAGAUGCAAAGCACACGAAUUUCGUGGAGUUUCGAAACUUUAAAAUCGUUUAUCGUCGUUAUGCUGGGCUGUAUUUCUGUAUAUGUGUUGACAUAAUGGACAAUAAUCUUUAUUACUUAGAAGCUAUACACAAUUUUGUAGAGGUCUUAAAUGAAUAUUUUCAUAAUGUCUGUGAGCUGGAUCUCGUCUUCAACUUUUACAAGGUUUAUUCUGUGGUUGACGAGAUGUUUCUCGCUGGUGAAAUUAGAGAGACUAGUCAGACAAAGGUCCUCAAGCAACUGCUAAUGCUUACAUCUUUGGAAUAG